UUUUAUUUUAAAUCGCUUUUCGAAUUUCGUACCAAAUGAAAUGAAUGAAAUUGUCAUCGCGAUGGCUUGGCCGGAUGUUAGUAAGAAGGAUUUUUUCGAAGCUUUAUGGUAGACGGUUCGAGCUUUGAAAUAGUUUGUCGAAAACUUUAUAAAUCGACCAAUUAUGCAACAUCAGAGCAUUUGUUGCAUGUUUAAAUUAAUUGUAGUUAAUUUUGUAAUUUAAAGGGGAGAGGUUCCGCUAUAAAAUAUUAUUGCCGUUGUUUUAUAUGGCAAUUCGGCGUUUUGAAGGUUUUAUUUUCAUGCACGGCAACAUCGGUCGGCGGUCCCGCCCGCCCGUCACCGGUUAUGUCAGUAUAGCUUGCGCUGGCAGGUGGCGUUGUUGUUACUGUCGCUCCGCGCAAGCGCGCACAGCUGAGGUGGCUGACUGAGCAUUGACAGAUCACUUAAAUAAUUAUAAUUUAUUUUACUAAAUAAAAAAUAUAAAACCAAACAAUUAAACAAACUUGGGCUUUUAUUUAGAGAAAAGUUUUACAAAGUAUUGAUUCGUGUGAUCGAGUUUGUUUUGUGAACAAUAGUAGAGAGGAGAAGAGUUAAAAAAUAUCGAUUAUAAAACGACAGAACGUAUUUUCGUUUAAAUUAGUGUGUGUUAAACGACUUUAGUUUUGCAACAAGUGUGGUGUGCUUCGUGGUGAGAACGGGUUUGGGCACCGUUGAGUUUUUUGUUUGUGGUAUAUAUAUUUCGCGAGUGAGUGUGGUCCGUUAGUGAUGCUGCAAUCGAGUGCAAGCUGCUGAUUCGUGGUCUCGCCUCCUCUGCACGAAGCCUGUGCUAGCAGCGGCGGUGCAUUGAGCCUGGUGGACCAAUGAUGAGCGUCGCCGGCUGCGGCCCCUGUCUGCGCCCCCGGCCCCGCCACAGACAUGGCCGCCCUCUCCUGCUACCAGCCCUGCAGGUCGCAUCUUGCGCAACCUGCUAGGUGUCUAGACGACGACGAAGACUGUCACCAAUCAGCGAACUUCUCGCUUCGCCGCCAACAAUUCAUCGAGCGAUGCCACGAGGCGCGGGGCCUGCGCCCCCGUGACUGCAUCCCCGAGGUCUCCGUCAAGCGGACCAGGGAGGAGCUGGCCAAGCAUGCGUCACAAGCCACGCCGCUAAACCGCCGGCUCAACGUGGAAGCCGGCUGGUCUAAAGUCGAGGAAGUCAGGAAGAAGUUCGAGGGAGCUGCGAAUUCAGCCUCGUUCUCGAGGUCUUUUGAGUCGCCGCCUAGACGACGUCUCGCGGACUCGUUAUUCGCGAGUUUCAAACUUCCUCGCAAGCGGGACGGGAUGGCGGCCCCGCGCUCGCUGGCGCCGCCGCAGCAGCAGAAGAGGAAGUCGGCAGUCGAACUGCUGGCUGAGACGAAGGCAUUCUACGUCAAGUCGGAGACGGUGCUGGACAGGAAGCAGGAGCUCCCGCUCAGGAUGAGCAGCGGCCUUGGGCAGGCGAUAGCUGCCGGCGGCUGCCACCUGGUCAGCUCCGGCACCCUCAACAAUGACGCAUGCUGUAACCCUUACGCGACAACCCGCAGUAUAGGCGCAACUCGGCGUGCAGUCAGCGCUAGUGAGGGUCUGCAGAACACUCUACGACGGCUGCUCGAGCACGCUGAUAGCAGGGAGAAUGUAUACUCACCACCCUUUGCUGUGUCGCACAAAGUAUACGCCGACUCCAGACGGCUCAAGGACUCGUACCCCGAACGGGAGACCAUGCCUCGUUCACAGCACAACUCCGGGACCUUCUCGGGAACAUUCUCUGGGACCUCCUCAUCAGGGACCUCAGGGUCCAAGGCCCAGAAGUCGGACCCCGACCACAGAGACAAGAUGAACAGGCCUCUCAGCUUCGGAGAUGCGAGGGUCUUCUUCCCGGAAUCGUUUGUUAUACCACGACAGAGGCCCAGUGAGGUUGUCAUCAAGAAUACUUAUUCUAUACCGAGUUCGCACUCGAGCCCGGAGAACAUUGAACUCCCGGAACCAGUGGUGUCCGGGUCGGGUUCUCCAGCUGAACCCGCACCCACCAUCAGCCCGCCCGCGCAGUACGCGCACUCCGCGCCGCGGUACAUCAGGUCGAACUCGCACUCGCAGCCGAGCAUGCGCGAGGACGACAGCGGCUGCCCCAACAUCAACAGCCACAAGUCACUGCCGGACCUGCACACACAGACCCGAUGCUAUCCGGAACAUGUGAGCGUGGGCCACGCAGACACACUCGGCCGUUCACCGCGGCGCCGGCGACACUCCACACACCAGCGAACUGCUUCCUGCUCCUCCAAGGGCACCAGAUCGAAUCAUUCGUCUUUGAUGUCCUCGUGCGAGGCGUUUUCUGAACACCCCUCCCCGGGAGAAGAGAAUUACCAGUCAUAUAACAGUCGCUGCGGGUCCUCGUUCGCGCGCGACUCGGGCGGCUCGAGCGGGCACUACACGCAGCGCAGCGCGCCCGCGCCCGCCGCGCAUGCGCACCGCCGGACUGACUCCGGCUCCUCCACGCAACACGACCACGAUCAUCCCAGCCGCUACAACUCGUACGUGUGGGUGGGCGGCGGCGGCGAGCACGUGGUGUGCGCGCCCCCGCAGUUCCAGGACGGCGCGCCCUCGCCGCCCGCGCCCCCCGCGCCCCCCGCGCCCCCGCCCGCGCCCCCGCAGCACGCGCACCACCAUCACUAUGCGCACGCGCCGCGCGUCGGGAUACACUUCCAGGCGAGCGCUCCUCCGCCUCAGUUCCAAGACGAGCCACCGAUGUACGACUACGGUGACUACGAGUGCACGUACAAGACGCCGCUCAAGUGUCUCAGUGUAGGCCGCAAGGACUACUCGAGGGAGAGGGAGUAUACCAGAUACCACGAGCCCAGCACGGAGCUGGUGAGUAAGCAGCCGCAGUACCAGGAGCUGCGUCUGCGGCCGCGCGUGGACGACAAGCAGCAGGAGUACGUCAAUACUACACAGAUUUGCCAGCCGGAGGAGGUGACCUCCCCACUGGGCACGUUCAAGCGCCAGCGCUGUCUGCGCUACAAGCAGCGCCGCCCGAGACCCAUCCUGCGGUCCAAGUCCGAUAUCUCAGAUAGAUACCGUCGCUCAGACGGCCGCAGCCCGGCCUCCGCCCCCUGCGAGGGUGAGGACUCCCCCGACAGUCCCUCGGAGGAGGCGUCUCGCCUGCAGGAGUUCUUCGAGCGGCUGGGCCUGGAGCCGCGCCAGUACGACGCGCUGGUGCGGGACGCGCCGCCCGACAGCCCCGUCUUCUUCAGCUCGGCCUCCACUGUGGAUUCUAAUCAGUUAGCUGCGGCUGCUGAUUAUACGGUCCAAGGCCCAGGAGUUCAGAAGCAAAUCUAUCGCAACACAGAGCCACCUAGCGUAGUAGAACGGAACGCGCGCAUCAUCAAGUGGCUCUGCCAAUGUCGCAAGACUCAAAUGCAGGCACCGCAGUAAACAGUCUGAAACCUCUUAGCCUAAGGAAAAGAGGAUUAUUGAUCUUGGCUAUACACUCUUCCGUACGCCGAUGCAUAUUUAAAUGGCCGCUUAAGUCACGUAGGUGCAAAAAAGAUUGGACUUGGCUUGGCAUUCUUCCAUGCAGUAUUAUUCCAUUUUGAUAAAGGAUCUAACUCAUUACGUCACAUUUAUCUGAACUUGGCUAAUCCCUACUCCGUACUAUUUAAUUAGAAGCUUAAUUGAGCUUUCUCAGAUUGACUCACAUACACAUAUAGCAACCGACAAAAAGGGCAAGAUACUAAUGUAAAAACGGUGAAAUAAAAGUUUUCGACGAAUUAAGAACUCACUAUAGAUAGAUGAAAAUAUUGAACCAGAAGAGUUCAGAUGAGAUCGAAAAAACUUCGAAUAAAAGUCUGUAGAUUGAUAAAAAACAAAAUACUAAUGAUCAAACAUCGCUGCAUAGAAAAUACUGCCGUAGAUAGGACUCAGACUAAUUGAAAUUAACAUCGCAAAAGCAAGCAAAAUAACAGAAACGUUAAAAUCUAAUAAUCGACUAAAGCUUAUCGAUUUCUCUUAUUCUUCGCUCGACUAAAAGUUGCUCGAUUACUAAUCGACUGACUAGACUAGAAAAUCGAUUAUCGAAACAAUAUUAUUAUAGUUAUAUUCUAAACUAUGAGAGAACCAAAUGUUGCUCAUGUAACGUCGAUAUAAAUGACGCUUAUUACUAAUUCACUAAAACUAAGAUAGAUUUAGGAAUUUAAAAGAUAGAUUUCGAUAUUUCAUAAUUCUUCAUUUUGAACGUCUUGCGAUGAUAAUAAAUAAAUAAGGUUAAAAUCUCGUCCAGACACAGUUUAACUAAUAUUGUAGCUCGAAAUCACAAUUAACACCUGGGAACACUGAAGCGUGUACAUUUCAAUCUCUUUGUGCUGUACCUAUAUUAUAUUAAAACUAUUGACGGUAUGAGACUUAACAUUAUCUCCUUAUAAUCGAUACAGUCAUGAAUUCUUCACUAUCUUAAACUUAAUAUAUAAUAAAUUAAAAAUAUAUAUGUAUGUAUAAGACUUGUGUCUGGACGAGGCACUCGGUGAAGCGUCGCCGUCGACUGCUGGUAAUUAAGCGAUACUAGUUCAUUAGUCUUACGGUUCCUAGAGUAAGUGUGGCAUAAUAAUAUAUUCUAUAAGUUAUACGACUAAAUAAUAAGGACGUUUCGAAGGUAAGGCCUAUGGUAAAGGCCUAGCUAGGUGACUAAAACAUUCAAAUUGAUUUACGGUAAUAAAAACCGAUGUAAUAAAUUAGUCGAUUAAUCAAUUGAAAAUCGACUAAACAGAACAGGUUAAAUUAUUGUUCUGAUAAUUAGGACGUUAAAUCAAUGAUAAUUAUUGUCAUAAAUAUAACAUACUAUAAUAAAUAACCCCGUUGUACCUUAUUAUUUAGUUUAAUAAGAAUACGUACGUGAAAAACAUGAUAUUUUGAAACAUGAUCGUAAAACGGAAGUAGAGGGAACUGGAUUGUAUAUAGUGAUGUAUUUUUGUCUUGACAAUCAUGUACAAGUCGCGAGCUUAGCCUUUGAGCGAGAAAAGGUUAUUUUCGAAACGAAAAACAUAUUAUAUGAUAGUGUAACUAUCCAGAGGUUUCUACUGUUUCCAAAAAAGUUAUUUUUUAUUUAAAUUUCUUUGUCUGGUCUAGUUCUGUUUCUGUAAAAAAUCUGACUGUACUUUAUAGGUCUUCACAUAUUGUUAAGUAUAAUUUUCUUGAGACAAAGUGAAAAUUAAUGGAUUGUAAUAAUCUACUUCAUAGUUAUUGCAGACUCAAAGAUGAAUACUAUACGUGGUCAUUGCUAUUUAUUGUGUCUUGCUUGUGUUGGCUAUGGGUGAAUCUAUGAACUACAUAUUUGCGGACAUCUUACGUCCGUUUCCAAACAAUCCGACAAGACCAUGGCAGCUCCAAGAAGCCUCCCUAGCCAAAUGACAUUUCUACAAUAAUUAUUAACGUCAAUAUAUCGAAACUAAGUUGGGGAAAUGUAGGUCAGAUUUCUAUAUCACUGAUUAAAAAUGGCUUUGAACGGUUCAAAAACCCCCAAUUAUGAUAAAUAUACAUUCUUAAUUACAGUAGAAACCAAACUGAUACGAAAUAUUUGUAAAAAUAAUAAAUAAAUAAAAAAACGUUCCUGUUAUGGAUUUGUCGAAAAUAUUUUUAAUCUGUAUUUAUAUAUUAUUUAAUGUUAUUCUAGAUGUUUAAGACGUACAUCUGAGAUAUGGGAGCACAAAAAGGAUCAAUCAUAAAACUGUAUUUUUGUGCCAAAAACAUAAAUAAUAAUAUAAUUUAAUAAUGUUUAACUAAAAUACAGUGGUAGCGUGUUAAUGUGAGUUACGUAACUUACAAGCUAAGAUCUCUGUUGCAUUUAGCGGUGUCGAAGUUAUUUCUUUAGAAAGAAUCGCAAAACAUACUACGAUUGUCACCAAGCGUUGUCUGAUUUUAUAUAAAAAUAUUUCUUAUAGUAUUUUCUUGUCACAAAUAAUGUGAGCCACAAAAUGUUACAUCGCAAAAUGUCACAGAGCCGUAAUAUUAUUAUUAUAGUCUAAAUGUUCGUCUACAUCCUUAUAAUAGUUAUUGUUAAUAAUUUUGUUUGGCAGUUGUUUCGCUACGUAAAUAAUGUUGUCGCUUCAAAUAUCCUUUUAAGCAUUUCUCCUGGUUUGUGUCAGUCUUCCAACCAUGCUGUCUUAUACGUACAACCCAUCCUUUUAGUCGUUUAAAUUUCAUAGAUACGACUGUCAAACAAAAUAUUAAGAUUAAAUGAUAAUUUCGUGUGGACUAAAGACAAUAUUACAUGAAAACGAAAUAUAUUUGAUGUCUUUUAUGCAUAAUAUUUAACUAUAGUUCCAAUAACGCAACAAUUAACGUAUUUAAUCGUAUGUAAAUAACCAUUAGACUGGUCUAAUCUCAAUAGGUCUUUGUUAGAGCCAAGGAGGUUAUAUUGCAUAGAGAGAAAGCACUUGUACCUGAGAUGGUGUUCUGUCCUUUUCUAUUAUAUACCAAGUCACUGCUUCAAGAAAGAGACAAUACUGCGUGGCAGUUCUCAGUCACUGAAUUCGUAGGUACUCAUAACAAAGCCUUCCUUCUCUAAACUAUAUAACCUCCUUGGUUAGAUUAGUUGUCAGUUUCAGUUGAUUAUAUUCGUGUAGUUUCUUGUUCUAAAAGACUGUCGUUAUGUUUUUCAAUUCGUAUUUUCUGUGAUAUAAUAGUAUGAUCUAGAAUCCUAGAUCUUAUGUAGACAUUGCCGAUGACCACUGCCUUCAGCAUAACAUACAUUACUUUAGUCUGGUGAAGUAUUCAAAGCAUCCAUAGACCUGGGCUUAUUGGGCUACCUCUUAAAGAAAUAUUGUUACUAUUGGGAAAAGAAGACGUUUCUCUGCGCUGUGUAGUUCACCGUCACACUUCCACUAUUGCAAGAGUCUCUCUUUAAGCCGCAGUGGUAGACCCUAUGGCCAGCUAAAUAUUUAUAUGAAUAAAUCGAGGCCAGAGUCUAUCUCUAGCUAUUGAAAAAAGUUUACCUAGUUACCUACAUAGAUCGUAUGGAUUUUCAGUAAAGUAAUUAAAAUGCCUAGUUAUUAACAAUAAUAAGUGUCAAAGUUGUAACUUUCUAACAUUCCGCUUCAUGAAUCAUUGCAAUUUUAAUUCAACACUUUUUUGUGGUCUUUAGUGGUUCUCAAUAAAAAAGAGGCUCGUUUUUGUGAUACCCUGAUGUGUUUCACUAUUUUAAGCGAGAUACACUCACAAUAAACAUAAAAAUGUUUUCCAUUGCGCAUUUAUUUUUAAGUCAACCAUUCAUUUUUAGUCGAUA